GGCUGAGGAUUUGGAAGCUCUGCAAAGUGAACACCGAGUAUAGUUCUCUCUCUCUCAAAUCAGCGUUUAACCAUGUCGAAAAGGAAGAACAGAGAGCCCAAGGAGGAAAAUGUUACUCUUGGACCCACUGUUAGAGAAGGAGAGCAUGUCUUUGGGGUUGCUCACAUCUUUGCCUCAUUCAAUGACACUUUCCUUCAUGUGACCGACUUGUCUGGAAGGGAGACGUUGGUCCGCAUCACCGGUGGUAUGAAGGUGAAGGCUGAUAGGGAUGAGUCCUCACCCUAUGCAGCCAUGCUUGCAGCACAAGAUGUUGCUCAGCGAUGCAAGGAACUUGGUGUUUCUGCUUUGCACAUAAAGCUGCGGGCCACAGGAGGGAACAAGACGAAGACUCCUGGUCCAGGUGCUCAAUCAGCUCUCAGAGCCCUCGCUCGUUCAGGCAUGAGAAUCGGUCGCAUAGAGGACGUCACUCCGAUUCCAACCGAUAGCACCCGUAGAAAGGGUGGCAGGAGAGGUAGACGGUUGUGAGUUCAAUUGCCAGAUGGUCUCUUGGAUAAGAUUUAUUUCAGAGAACAGUGGCUUGUUUUUCAUUUCAAGUUCGAUUCCGAUCAUGUUGUCAAAAUUUUGAGUUCACAAUCAUAAUGACUGAUGUUCAAACUUGAAAUCACUUUUGGAUUUCAUUAUCUUUGGAUUUCAAUAUCUAUGUUU